AUGGAUGGAUUUGAUGAAGAAACAUUCAAAAAGUUCUUCCCCAGUGGCUUUGGGAAGCAGGAUAAGUCGACUAAUGUAGAAGCCCAGAUUGAUCGGACAAAACGAACUGAGGUGAAAUCAAAAUUCCAAUCAAAAUUCGAGGAUAAGCCUAAAGAAGACAACGAUGAUGAUGGCGAAGAAAAAGAACGGAAAGCAGUUCCUACGAUUUCAAAAGCUGAUUUAAAGUCAAAUGAACAUUCUAAGUCAGAGUCAGAGUCAGAGUCAGACAACUCGGACGAUUCCGAAGAUGAAUUUCCAACAUCACAUGAACUCACUUUCAAGACACAUGAGCGCGCGGUGACGACUAUAACUCUUGAUCCCUCAGGGUCGCGAAUGAUAACUGGCUCAACAGAUUGCACGAUAAAGCUCCAUGAUUUUGCCUCUAUGACGCCGACCACUCUCCGCGCAUUCAAAUCCGUGGAACCGUCCGCAAAAAAGCAGUCCGCAUCAUCGGAAAUCCACCCGGUCCAUGUCGCACGAUUCAACCCGUUGUACCCAAGCCAAGUUCUGGUCAUAUCCGCAACACCUCAAGCAAAAAUCUUCGAUCGCGAUGGCGACAUGAUCACGGAAUUUGUCAAGGGGGAUAUGUACCUUAGGGAUAUGCGCAAUACUAAAGGCCACAUCUCUGAAAUCACGAGCGGGGCGUGGAGUCCUACGGACUAUAACUUAUGUGUUACGGCUGGAACGGAUAGUACGUUAAGGAUAUGGGACGUAAAUGUGGGACGAUCGCAGAAAGAAGUUAUUGUGCAUCAGUCUCGGGUAGCCGGGUCCGCGGGCAGGACCCGGAUGACUGCGGUGGCUUGGGCCACACCAGUGCAAGGAGGUAGCAAUAUUCUCGUUGCCAGUGCUCUUGAUGGGAGCCUAGUGAUGUGGAGUGGCGAUGGUCCAUUCUUGAGGCCAAGCGCUCAAAUUCAAGGAGCACAUACUAAAGAUACUUGGACAAGCGGUCUUGAUAUUAGCCCUGAUGGGCGGCUAGUUGUCACCAGAGGAGGGGAUGAUACUAUCAAGCUCUGGGAUACGAGAAAGUUCAAAACUCCCAUCACAACUGUGUCUCAUAUUUCUGGAUCAAAAUAUUCCCACAACGCGAAUAUUAUGUUCUCACCUAGCGGAGCGAAUAUCAUCACCGGCAGCGAAACUGGGGACCUCCAUAUCCUGAAUCCUGCAACCCUAAAGCCGGAGCUUUCUACACCAGUCACACCAGGCUCUCCUCUUAUUGCGGUGCUUUGGCACGAGAAACUGAACCAAAUAGUUGCUGGUUCUGCAAAUGGAGAGACGCACGUGCUAUACAACCCAUCAAUGUCUCAUAACGGAGCAGUCCUUGUUAUGUCGAAAGCGCCAAAACGGUGGCACGUGGACGAUGAUCCAAAUUUUUCCACAGAUUUAUCUCUUGGCCUCACCGCCGACAGUGCUACAGGCCAAAUUGCCUCUGGUGCUUCCUUCUCCAGCCGACAUCCGACAAUCGGACUCACUGCCUCGGGCCGAUCGCGAGAUCCACGUCGACCUCACCUACCCAACAAAACUCCCUUCGCGCAGAGCCAGCCGGACGAGAAGCAUAUCAAAGAAAAUAUCCCUCUUAGUUCCAUGAGAGACGAGGACCCACGAGAGGCACUACUUAAAUAUGCAGAGAAGGCAGAGAAAGAGCCUGUAUUUACAAAAGUAUGGAAGGAAACACAACCCAACCCUAUCUUUGCAGAGCUGAGUGAGGAGGAAGACGAAGAGCGGAAACCGGAGCGGAAACGGGUGAGGCGAGAUUAAAACUUUUGGACGACUUUAGCUCUGUUCUUCAAUUUUUUCUUCAAGAGGAUACUGAUGGUGUCAGGCGUUUUAACUGCGUACAAUUGUAAAAUGAUAAUAAAUGUACUUUGUUGGCUUCAG